CCACAAAUGCAAAUUAUCUAAACUUUCUUUAAUUUCGGUAAAAAGAAACCUAAAUAUAAAGUUCCCUUCCAUUUCACACUUUACCACAAACAACUUGAUACCAACCGGAAGUUUCCUAUUGCGGACUCGAAUCUCCCCUCCUACCGCCUCUUCUCCGCUUUUUUGUCAGGAACAAAAUGGAAGAUGUUCUAACGGAGAUUCCCCCUCCUUCAAGGUUUUUCCAAGAUGAUCUUAAUAAUUUUGCUCCUCCAUCACCAUCUCUUCCUUCCCCAUUUCUUUUGUUACCCAAUUCUAAACCUAAUGAACCUCUCCGCCCCUCUCUGCUUGUCAUUGCCAUUUCUUCUCCUUCUCUGCAUCUUUUCCAUCAUUUAUCUGCUAAAACCCUUAUCGGAAGUCUCAUCCUACCUGAAAUUCCUUUCUCUGGAAACCAUAUCCAGCCGUCGCGUGAUGACAAAUCUUGCAACAUUUACUCCAUUGAUCAAGAUAAUGAACUCAUUAUUCUUGUCUCCGUUCAGUUUUCUGUUCCUGCAGAGAGAUCUCUCCUUGUUGCAAAACUACUACUUGAUAAUAAAAUUAUUCCUGAGAGGGUUCUGAUCUUAGAUAGUCUUCAGAGCCAGAAUUUUAGGGGGAAGCUCUCGCCUGAUGAGACUGUUGCUUUCAAGUUGGAGACCUCUUCUGAAAGGAGUAAAGAUGAGGGUAAUGGCGGUUCACAAAUGUUAGAAGGCCUGGAUUACUAUCCAUCAGGAAGUGUUGUAGAUGGCUUGGCUGCUGCUUUGCUUGGACGUUGUCAGAUGAAGAAUAUCAAGGGAGCACUCUGUGUCUCAUGGCCUGAAUAUGGAAGCGAGGUGGUAUCUCUGCUCAAAUCUUUGCUUCACCAAAAUGCACUAUUGCAACCAAUAUUAGAAUUUUGCACUGAAAGUAUUAAUGGGGAUGAGUAUGUGAACCGGAUUAAGGACCUCGAUUUAUACACCUGAAAGAGUUGGGUUUUCAGAUUCUAUUAUAUAUUCCCUGUAUGGUGGACAUUGUUUCUUCUUUCCAUUUCACUGUGCUCCGGAAAAUGUAGAAAUAGAUGUUAAUGUGCAAGGUCAUUUGUUGAGGGAGAUGAAAUUCAGCCAUUGGUUCUUUAAGGCCAGUUCCUAAGGUUUUAUGCUGACUGUUAUGGGCUAUUGAAGGUUUUUGUGUAAUUCUUUUAGUGUUAGGCUGUUAGCUAGCUAAUACCAACGAUACAUUCAGCUCUUUAUGAUGCUUGAGAUGAUAGUUAUUCUAUUAAUACUUGCACUUGAAGCUCUCCGUUUGUUAUUUUAAA